AUGUCUGACGAAUAUUUAGGAAGAUUAGUAAGUUGUAGGUAUCAGCAGGCUCCACCAGAGAAGAGUUGCAAUAAACUGCUUAAAAUCGAACGAAAUAAAUUCACGGCGGCCGGUGUUAUCUUUCGCUUGGAUGCAACUGCCGAACAUUACGAUGCUUUUCCGGAGGAUAAAUUUCGCGAAGUUAUUUCAGGUUCACUUGGUGUCGAUCCGGAUGACUUGGUUAUACUUCGUGUGCGUUGUAUGGAUGAUAAUGAACGACUGAACGUUCAAUUUGUUAUCCUUAAAGAUAAAACGAAAAAAAGCGUUAAGAUCGCCAAAUCAAAGAUAAGGAUGAAGAAGCCAUUCAAAGAACCUGUGGAAGAGGAUGCUGAUGAAGAGGAAUUUGUUGAUGAUGAGGAGGAGGAGGAAGAGGAGGAGGAGGAAAAUCGAGAAAAUGACGAUGGAUCAGUGGAGAUUGAGUAUGAUGAAGACGACGCUGAGAGACAGAGUAAGAAGAAGAAGAAAGCUCAACGAAAGCGUAAACACGAAACACCAAGAAUUUACGAUAAAAACGAUGUGAUCAGAGCCAGUGAAGUCGUCUACCGUAUGAAAACCAUCUCUCAUUUUUCACAAUUGGCCGACAUCGACGUGGAGAAAAUUGAAGUUGUUCAUGACAUGAUCGAUAUUGAAGGUGAUCCAAGUAACACACUGCUCGCCGUACAGGCAAUCCUUACAGGGAUUGCGUUUGCAAUGAUGUUAAUUCUGGGCGUUUGGAAGGGUCUUCAGAAACGAGGUUCUGAUGAGCAACAAUACGAAAGCGUAGAGCAAAAGGCUUGA